GAAAUGGCAAUCUUGCUCUGCCCAAACCCAACCCCAACCCUCUGAGAAAAUUAAAAAAACUCCCCUGUUUCACAAAAUAAACGAGAUCAAGCAAAGUUGUUUCUCUCGAGGAAAAAAGUAGAUUAAUUACCAAGUAUUAAAAACUUAUUGGAGAGGAGAGAUGGUUGAGACUCGUCGAAUCUCUUAACUCUGCUUUUUUUUCCUUUUUCUCAAUUUUAAGUUCUGGUUUGUUUUCCCUCUGUAAUGGCGUUUUGAUAAGUACCCAGAUUCUGAAACCCUGAAAGUGAACUAUUUUCGAGAGAAAGGUUUUCCUUUUCUUCUGUCCGUGCGAUAGUCGGAAAGAUAUGGCGGUUUCGGAACAGAGCCCGGACGUGUUUCCAUGGCUAAAAUCGUUGCCGGUAGCCCCAGAGUUCCGACCUACUCUAGCAGAGUUCCAAGAUCCGAUCGCUUACAUUUUCAAGAUCGAAGAAGAAGCUUCCCUAUACGGAAUCUGCAAAAUUUUGCCUCCAGUGCCUCCUCCGUCGAAGAAAACCACGAUUUCUAACCUCAACCGCUCUCUGGCGGCGCUAGCGGCGGCGAGGGCUCGUGACGGCGCCGGCGCGUGCGAUUACGACGGUGCCCCUGCAUUCGCCACGCGUCAACAGCAGAUCGGGUUUUGCCCAAGGAAGCAGCGACCCGUACAGAGACCAGUGUGGCAGAGCGGAGAGCAUUACAGUUUCGGUGAGUUCGAGGCCAAAGCUAGGAGCUUUGAGAAGAAUUACCUCAAGAAAUGCGGCAAAAAGAGUCAACUCUCUGCUCUAGAAAUCGAAACCCUUUACUGGAGAGCCACUGUGGACAAACCCUUCUCUGUUGAGUAUGCCAAUGACAUGCCUGGCUCGGCUUUUAUCCCUCUGAGUCUUGCAGCUGCGAGGAGGAGAGAGUAUGGUGGUGAUGGAGGAACAGUUGGUGAGACAGCUUGGAACAUGAGGGCAAUGGCUAGAGCAGAAGGAUCAUUGCUUAGGUUCAUGAAAGAGGAGAUCCCUGGUGUUACAUCACCGAUGAUUUAUAUUGCAAUGAUGUUUAGUUGGUUUGCUUGGCAUGUGGAGGACCAUGACCUCCAUAGCCUCAAUUACUUGCACAUGGGUGCUGCUAAGACUUGGUACGGCGUGCCAAAGGAUGCUGCUGCGGCCUUUGAGGAGGUCGUUAGGGUUCAUGGUUAUGGAGGAGAGCUUAAUCCUCUCGUGACAUUUUAUACUCUUGGUGAGAAGACAACUGUGAUGUCUCCUGAAGUAUUUGUGAAAGCCGGGAUACCGUGUUGCAGGUUAGUGCAAAAUCCUGGAGAGUUUGUCGUCACUUUUCCAAGGGCAUAUCAUUCAGGGUUUAGUCACGGAUUCAAUUGUGGAGAAGCAUCUAACAUUGCAACUCCUGAAUGGUUGCGAAUGGCCAAAGAUGCUGCUAUCAGGCGAGCUGCUAUAAACUACCCUCCAAUGGUUUCUCAUCUCCAGUUGCUCUAUGACUUUGCACUGGCUCUAGGUUCAAGAGUGCCAACAAGCAUCAAAACUAAACCACGGAGUUCUAGACUGAAAGAUAAGAAAAGAAGCGAAGGAGAAAAAUUGACUAAAGAGCUAUUUGUGCAAAAUAUUAUCCACAACAAUGAAUUGCUCCGCUCUCUAGGUAAAGGAUCUCCAGUAGCUCUUCUUCCGCAGAGUUCCUCAAAUAUAUCAGUUUGUUCCGACCUGCGAGUUGGAUCCCAUUUGAGAACUAACCAGGAAACGAAAUCUGAGGACUUAGGUUCUGGUAGUGUUAUGGUCGGUCUCAAUAGCGGUUUUAAGGAUGCUGUUUCUGUGAAAGAAAGGUUCACAUCUUUGUGUGAAAGGAACAGAAAUCACCUGGCAAACAGGGAGAACGAAAAUCAAGGAACUUUGGCAGAUGCUGAAAGGAGGAAAAAAGAUGGAGCUGUUGGGCUUUCGGAUCAGAGGCUUUUCUCUUGUGUUACAUGUGGAAUCUUAUGCUUUGAUUGUGUAGCUAUUGUUCAACCUAAAGAAGAAGCAGCUAGGUAUCUCAUGUCGGCAGAUUGCAGCUUCUUCAAUGAUUGGACAGUUGCUUCGGGGUCUGCAAGUCUUGGUCAGGGUGUAGUAAAGCCUCCUCAUUCACAAAUGACGGGACAGCACGAUGCAGACCACUCAAUGAAGACAGGCGAUCAAAGAACUUUAACAACUUCUUUAACAAAAGCGCAUAAAGAAGAUGGUGCUCUUGGUUUGUUAGCUUCAGCGUAUGGAGAUUCUUCUGACUCCGAGGAAGAAGAUCACAAAGGCUUAGAUGCUAUUUUAUCAGAAGAGAGUAAGUAUGACCAAAAUGGUCCAUAUGAAGCAUCGUCUUUUGGUACAGAUGGUCAAAGACUUUCAUGUGGGAAAGGGAAAGGGGUUGUUGAGGGAUCAAAUGCCACUGAACAUGAUAGGUUAAGCAAUGACGGCAGUACAUCACUUCUGGAAAUAGCUUUACCGUUUGUUCCAAGAUCUGAUGACGAUUCCUCUCGGUUGCACGUGUUUUGUCUUGAGCAUGCUGCAGAGGUGGAACAGCAACUCCUUCCUAUUGGAGGGAUUCAUAUAAUGUUACUAUGCCAUCCAGAGUACCCCAGGAUAGAGGCUGAAGCAAAGAUAGUUGCCGAAGAGCUUGGAGUCAAUCACGAAUGGAGUGAUACUGACUUCAGGAAUGUGACUCGAGAGGAUGAGGAAACGAUUCAGGCAGCUUUAGAUAAUGUUGAAGCUAAGGCUGGGAACAGUGAUUGGGUUGUAAAAUUGGGUAUUAACCUUUCUUACAGCGCAAAUCUUAGUCGCUCUCCUCUCUACAGUAAGCAGAUGCCUUACAACUCAGUCAUAUACAAAGUGUUCGGUCGCAGCUCUCCAGCAACGAGCUCACCCACGAAACCCCAAGUUUCUGGUAAAAGAUCUUCCAGACAGAGGAAAUACGUUGUUGGAAAAUGGUGUGGGAAAGUUUGGAUGUCGCAUCAGGUGCAUCCCUUUUUGCUUCAGCAGGACUUAGAUGGGGAAGAUUAUGAGAGAAGUAGUCAUCUGCGAGUUGCUCUGGAUGAGGAUGUCACUGGAAAGAGAUUGUUUCCUGGUAAUGUUUCGAGAGAUGGAACAAUAAUGUUUGGAAGAAAGUAUUGUAGGAAGAGAAAGAUGAGGGCAAAGGCUGUGCCACGCAAGAAGCUUACCUCUUUUAAGAGGGAAGAUGGAGUUUCAGAUGACACAUCAGAGGAUCAUUUUUAUAAGCAGCAAUGGAGGGCCUCCGGGAAUGAGGAAGAGUCCUACUUUGGGACAGGGGAUUCGGUUUCUGAUGAUUCAUUAAAUCAAAUGUCUGAUCAGCAGCAGCGCAAGGGAAUUCGUCGAGACAAGGGUGUUAAGGAAUUUGAGUCAGAUGAUGAGGUUUCAGACCGUUCACUUGGAGAAGAAUAUGCUGUUAGGGAACGUGCAGUUUCAGAGAGCUCAAUGGAGAAUAGCUUUCAGCCAUAUAAACAGUCAAUGGACAGGAAUGCUUUGGAGGACUCUGUGUAUGGUCACAAUGAUGAUAAUAUCUACAGGCACUCUAAGAGGAUUCCAAGAAGCAAACAGACGAAAGUGUUUAGGAAUCCGGUUUCAUAUGAUUCAGAUGAAAAUGGCGUUUAUCAGCAAGGAAGAAAUGUUCAAGCUAGUCUAAUGGAUGGUGAGUAUGAUUCAGCAGAGGAAUCUCUGGAGGAAGAAGACUUUUACAGUACAGGGAAAAGGCAAACCAGGUCCACCGCUAAACGUAAAGUAAAAACUGAGAUAGUUCAGAGUCCGAGAGACACAAGAGGUCGCGCUUCUCGACAAUCUGGAUCCGGAAAGAUGAAUCAAGAACUGAGUUCAUACAUGGAAGGACCUAGCACACGGCUUAGGGUGAGAAUUCUGAAGCCCUUGAGAGGGGCUUCAGAAACAAAACCGAAGAAAAUUAGUAAGAAAAGAAGUAGUAAUGCUUCCUUCUCCAGAGAUGUAAGUGAAGAAGAAGAAGACGAAGAGAUGGAGGAAGAAGAAUGUGAUGCGUACCAAUGUGACAUGGAAGGUUGCACAAUGAGUUUCAGUUCUGAGAAAGAGUUGUCUUUGCAUAAAAGAAACAUCUGUCCUGUUAAAGGGUGUGGUAAAGACUUCUUCUCACACAAGUAUUUGGUUCAACACCAGCGUGUUCACUCAGACGACCGUCCUCUAAAAUGUCCAUGGAAAGGCUGCAAGAUGACGUUCAAGUGGGCUUGGUCUAGAACCGAGCACAUAAGGGUUCACACAGGUGCUAGGCCUUAUGUUUGCGCUGAACCAGGUUGCGGUCAGACAUUCCGGUUUGUCUCUGACUUCAGUCGACAUAAACGAACCACCGGUCAUUCUGCUAAGAAGGCCAAAAGAAGGUGACUGACUUAGGCUUUAACAUGGAAUCUAUCAUGAAGAGGUUAAUAGUACAUUACAUUCAAAAGUGUCUAGGGGUUUUAACUGCCUAUCUUAAUCAUCUGGUUCUUGUUCAGUCAAAGCUUUUCCAUUUGGGAGGCCAUUUUUGUUCCAGACAGAUGCUGUCUUUUUUGUAUUCUCUUUGUCGUCUUUACUGUUUGGUGUAGAAAAAUGUUGUGCUUUCAUGUUACUUUCUUUCCCUGUAGGCUAAUUGUGCGAUUAGAAAAACUCAAGUGUUAAUCUUGAAUUCUGUAAAUAUGGUGAUGGCUUGAUUGCAAUUUUGUGGGGAAAAUAUCUGAAACGCAUAAAAUCUUUGAAUAUGUAUAAUGUA